AUGUCGCUCAGCAGCAGUGUGGACGAACUUUCCAAGCGCGAACGCGCCCCACGACGGCAGGACCGCACCGCGGUGAAUCUUCUGCUACUGCUGACCUCGGUUCUGAUUUCGUUUGCUCUCAAGAGCCAUCUACGGGUCUCUCUGAGCAGCCCCUUCAGCGUCAAUCUCCUUGUUUUGUGCGCUAUUGGCAGUCUGGCUUACUUGUAUUAUAGCAGCCUCCCGCUGGACCCGCAGCGGUUUGGCCAGAAAAUCGGGCUUGUUUUCGCCCGGAUCGGCCGUGUCUUAGGCGCCGCUAAGCUGAGCAUUGUGCACAUAAUUAUGCUCAUUCUGGUGUUGAGUGCGCUGGUGUGCAACGAGACGCGGUUCCUAUAUUUUUUGCUGCCCUUCGCCGUGGUCUGGGCCGUCAAUGUGGACCCGUCCGAGAUGGGGCGUCAGGAGGCAUCGUCUGCGAUGGAGCUCCGGUUAGAGGACAUGGAGGCCGAGAUCAACAACCUAAAGCUGGGGCUGAUGCGCAGACAGCACAACCGCGCACUGCAGGACCGGUCGCUGGAGUUCAGCGUUGGCAGGCUUCAGCAGGAGCUUGGGCUCAAGCUCCGCGCCAGCAACGAGCAGAUCCAAAGACUACAGCUGCAAAUCAGCGAGCUACAAAAUGCGCACAGCACAAACGGCUGGCUUCGUGCCAGCACAAAAACACUUCUGAAAAUAGUGCUCACCAAAAACCAGAUCCGGUCGCUCAGGUACCUACGUCAGCAGAUAAUUGCGAAUCAGCACAGCCCGAGAAGGAGAAAUAAUUAA